AUGCUUCCGCUUGCCUUGCCUGCCUCGGCGGCCUUCUUGCUCCUCCUGCUCCUGCUCCUGCUCCUGCUCGGGCUCGCGUCGGUCUGGCGUGUGGGUUUUUCCUUCACUGGUGGAGCGGGGACGGGCAGACGGGGAGGUGCAGGAGUACAGCCGGGCUGGACUGAUCACAGGAUUUUAUUAAGGUGGUGCGGGGUGAAGAGGUGGGAUUAA